GGCGCUGACGCGAUACAGUACGCAGCCCGUGGCCAUAUAUAUAUAUAUAGCAAGUCGAUCGGAUCGUGGCUGGUGAACUGGUCUAUCCGAUAUGAACAAGAACCUCGGCUUUGUGGAGCGCCUGCGCUGGCGCCUCAAGACCAUCGAGCACAAAGUCCAGCAGUAUCGUCAGACCACCAACGAGACCGUAGUCGCCGAGACCGAGUACGGCAAGGUGAGGGGUGUGAAGCGCCUGUCGCUCUACGAUGUGCCCUACUUCAGCUUCGAGGGUAUCCCCUACGCCCAGCCGCCGGUGGGGGAGUUGCGGUUCAAGGCCCCGCAGCGGCCCACCCCCUGGGAGGGUGUUCGCGACUGCAGCCAGCCCAAGGACAAGGCCGUCCAGGUGCAGUUCGUCUUCGAUAAGGUAGAGGGCUCUGAGGACUGCCUCUACCUGAAUGUUUACAGCAACAAUGUGAAGCCCGAUAAGCCCCGCCCUGUUAUGGUUUGGAUCCACGGAGGGGGCUUUAUUAUUGGCGAGGCCAGUAGGGAAUGGUACGGCCCGGACUAUUUUAUGAAGGAAGACGUCGUUCUUGUCACCAUUCAAUAUCGUCUUGGUGCUUUGGGUUUUAUGAGUCUCAAGUCACCUGAGCUGAAUGUUCCUGGAAAUGCUGGACUCAAGGAUCAGGUUUUGGCUCUCAAGUGGAUCAAGAACAAUUGCGCCAGUUUUGGAGGAGAUCCCAACUGCAUUACCGUUUUCGGAGAAAGUGCAGGAGGAGCAUCCACCCAUUACAUGAUGAUAACCGACCAGACCCAAGGACUCUUUCAUCGCGGUAUCCUGCAGUCGGGCAGUGCCGUGUGCCCAUGGGCCUUCAAUGGUGACAUCACCCAUAACCCCUACAGGAUAGCAAAGCUGGUUGGCUACAAGGGCGAGGACAACGACAAGGAUGUGCUGGAGUUCCUGCAGACCGUCAAGGCCAAAGAUCUCAUACGAGUCGAAGAAAAUGUCCUGACUCUGGAGGACCGCAUGAACAAGAUAAUGUUCGCCUUUGGGCCUUCUCUGGAGCCAUUCACCACGCCGGAGUGCGUGAUACCCAAGGCGCCUAGGGAGAUGAUGAAAACCGCAUGGAGCAACUCAAUCCCCAUGAUGAUAGGGAACACUUCUUACGAGGGACUGCUAUGGGUGCCAGAGGUCAAGUUGCUUCCACAAGUGGUGCAGCAAGUGGAUGCUGGUACUCCUUUUAUUCCAAGGGAAUUGCUGGCCUUGGAGCCCAAUAAAGAAAAGUUGGACUCAUGGAGUGCCCGGAUUCGCGAUGCUCACCGAACUGGAGCAGAAAGCACCGCUGAUAAUUACAUGGAUCUCUGUUCGAUUUACUAUUUUGUGUUUCCGGCCCUGAGGGUGGUUCAUUCCCGUCACUCCCACGCCGCUGGAGCGCCGGUAUAUUUCUACCGCUUCGACUUCGACUCCGAGGAGCUCAUCUUUCCGUACCGCAUCAUGAGGAUGGGUCGAGGCGUUAAGGGAGUGAGCCAUGCUGACGAUUUGACGUAUCAAUUCUCUAGUCUGCUGGCUCGUCGACUGCCCAAGGAAAGCCGUGAGUUCCGGAACAUCGAGCGAACUGUGGGGAUCUGGACUCAGUUCGCUGCCACCGGAAAUCCCUACAGUGAGAAGAUCAACGGAAUGGACACUCUGACUAUUGAACCAGUUAGGAAAUCUGACGAGGUCAUCAAGUGUCUCAACAUCAGCGAUGACCUGAAAUUCAUCGAUCUACCCGAGUGGUCCAAGGUCAAGGUCUGGGAGAGCCUAUAUGAUGACAACAAGGAUUUAUUGUUUUAAAGGGAUCUAAGUGUAUAGCUGAAUAAAUCACUCUUUAGAAAUUGUACAUAUAUAGGACAAAUGCUUUAUAAAAUAUAAUCCAUAAUUUGAUUGUUCAAGAAGUUAA